GAAGGGGCGGAGCAUCGAGGAGUCGUUACCAAGGCGACCAGUAGGACGCUGCUGACCGGGUUACUGCCGCGCUUCCGCCCUGGGUUCCAAUCCACCCCCUUAGUCAUUCUGAACCAUGAUGGCUGAUAAGCUGGAGGAGAGAGAUUUGCAGAAAUUCCUGAGAGAUGUGGAUGAAAUUGCCAAUUUGGUUCAAGGCUUGAACUCCACAGACUCAGCUGUCCAGGAAAAAGCUAUCUCUGAUACAGAGAAAAGACUUCAUAUCAAAGAGGUCAGAGAUGAUGGAGAAUGCAAGACCAAGUUGAACAGAACAGUUAUUAACUCACAAGAUGCGGCCACACGGGAUAUGGAGACAGUGAGACGAGACAGCUUCAUGUCAGCAUUGGAGAAAGAUGCAAAAGAACGAGCCAAAAGAAGGAAGAAAAAUGAACGUUUGGCAAAUGCCCUGAAAGAGAAGGGAAAUGAUGCAUUCAGUAAAGGAGACUAUGCCACAGCUAUCCAGCUAUACACCGAAGGGCUGGAGAAACAGAAGGAUAUGCAGGUGCUGUACACGAACAGAGCACAGGCUCACAUGAAGUUGCAGGAGUACAAGAAAGUAAUCAAUGAUUGUGAAUGGGCUUUAAAGUGCAAUGAAAAAUGUAUUAAAGCCUAUUUCCACAUGGGAAAAGCUCAUCUGGCGCUGAAGGACUACAAUGAGUCCAGGAAGUCCUAUCAGAAGAUCUUAGAAAUUGAUCCCCAAAAGGAAAGUCUAUUUAAAGACUGCAUGAAUGAAGUAGACUUACAGGAAGGAAAAGAAAAAGAGGAAGAGAAAGCUCUGGAGGAAUUUCAGUCUGGAAAGUAUACUGCUGUAUCUGUGAAAGAGCUGCUCCAGAAGCUCAAUAGACCUGACCAGAAUAUCCUUUAUUAUGCAGGCGGGAUUAGAGUUUUGACUGAAUCAAUAAAAGAUUGCACUGAACAAAUUUUAUUUAGAACAAACAAUGGAUUCAGUAUCAUCAGUGACAAUAAGGUCAUAAGACGGGGCCUCUCUGUAGCAAAGGAAAACACUGCUGAAGCGGAAUUGUCAAUUUCUCUUCUCAUCCUCUGGCAGGCAGUCUGUGCUGGGAAUGAGGAGAAUCAGCGAUUGUUGUUAACUCACCCUGAUGUGAAUGUGCAGCUUCCCAUGAUGCUCUCAUCUGACGUACCUGAGAUCCAGAAGCAGAGUUUGGCAUUGCUGUCUCUGUACUCUCAGACCGAGAAUGGAAGAAGGCUGCUGGUCAGGCACCAGAACCUAACCAAGUGGCUACAGAUGCUGAUUGCAUUCGUCAGUGUUAUGGAUGACAGGGCUAGCUGUGCCAUGAACCUGCUAUCUAACCUAAUCAAGGAGGAAAAGUUCAAAAUCCAGUGUCGUAUCAAACUUUCUACAAGUGUUUUGCCUCUAUUUGCACAGUUGUUGAAAACGGUCAAACAGGUGAACCAGCCAGCCCUCAUCCAGUGCAUUGGCAUCAUGGGGGAUCUGUGUGCUGAUGUAGUCAUCCGACUACAGAUGGCUGAAAACCAGGAAUGCUGGCAGGCCUGUUUAAAGCUUAUGGAUGAGUGUUGCUCCACUGGCAACUCAGCAGGAUACCAGGAAUGUUUAUUCACAGUGCUGGGCCUGAUGAUGAACUUAUCCCUGGAAUCAAAUUUGGUCAUUCAGGAGCAUGCUGUGGAUGUUAGCAGGAGAUGUUUGUUUCUGCUUGGCAGUAAAGAUGGAAAGAUUGUGACAAGAGCCAUUGGGGUUUUAAGUCACAUCUUGCCAGUGAGCUUGAUGGCAGUAGAAGAGGCAGUGACAGGAGGUGUGGUGAAGAGAAUGCUUAGAUUCUUGAAGGCUGGUGGACCGACCACAUCCUGUUAUGCUAUAAAGACCCUUGCUGUCUGUACUCAAAGCAACAACCAGGCUCGAGAGGAGGUGGUGAAGUCAGAUAAAAAUGGCUGAACCUGGCAACCACCUUUUGGAUCACCUGGUCCAAUGGCCUGUGUCAUUUAUUGGAUUCUCUGUGGAAAUCUGCCUCUACUGUUUCUGAAAGUUGCUAUUGAGGUAGUUGAAAUUCUCUUUCUGAGCAGCGAAUUCCAGUCUCAGAUAUGCCUCACUGCACUGAAAAAGAUGCACUUUCCUCUUCUUGGGCCCUACCACCUCACUCUGAUCUCAGCUAAUAAGGAUUAUCCCUCUCCUUCCUAUCAAACUAACUCUCAUGUCUUUUAUAGUAUUUUCAUCCUGCUCCCUCUAUCUAUAUAUGUUAAACUUGCCUCAGUUUCCUUUGCAUCAUCAUAAUAAUAAUAACUAGCUUGCAUGUAACACUCUUCACUCUCAGAUUUCAAGGCACUGUGCACAGGUGUAGUCAGGUGUUAUUAUCCACCAUUUACAGAUAGAGAAACUAAGCUGAGAGGGGUCCAGAGACUUGCCCAAGGUCAUCCACCUAGUCAAUGGGAGAAAUGAAAAUAGAGUCUAGAUCUUCUAACUUACAGGCCAUUGUCUUAUCCACUAGCCUCAGCAGUCUGGAAGCAAAAGACCUGCUUCUGCUGUUCUAUGUCUGGUAACUUCAGAUGCAGAGCUAGGUAAAAGUUUGUCCCACAGGGCUGAGUGCUUUGUGGUUUCCUCUAGUAACUCCAGAGACCUCAGUCCUAGUUGCAUGACUAACCAACUCUUUGUCAAGGACAGGCUGAAUGCAGAUCACGUUGAUAAAAGUAAAAGAUCAUUUAAUUCCAAACUCUGUGCUUCUCUUUCCCUUUUGUUUGACUAGAUAAUGGGAUACAGUGUGGUGCCCUAUUAAUGUGAGAAGAUGAGAUGACAAGGAAAUAGCAUAACGAAGCUGGAGUUUUUUGCAAGUUCAUUCUUGCGGGGGGGUCAGAACAGAUCUCUAGGUUUUUAGAUCUUUAUUUCUCACUAGCCAAUUAUAAAGAAAUGUUUGAGAGAGUUCCUUCCUGGUAGCAUCAAGGGAAAGAUUUCAAAGUCAAGAGGAACUUAAGCCUAAGGACUCUGGCCCAUUAAAAGCCACUUGGAGCACCUUCUCUCCUUUGUACUCCUCACGUAAGUGCUGUUAAUUGAUGUGGUGUAUGGAGAGAAGCUUCUUUUCUUCGUGUUACUAAUAAUGCUACAGUUUGAUGCUUUCCAACCAAGCUCUGAAUGUUCAUCUUAUGCUAAGUCACAUUAUCCUGUCAGCUCAGUUCAGCCGCCCAGAUAUUGUUUUGCCACCAGGAGCCCUUUUAGGUCAAGCUGUAGCUCUCUGACAUUAAACUGCAUUCCAGUCAGGCCAGCAAGUUCAGCUUCUGAAAUGGAUCAUUGUUGGUGCCCCUGCUGCUGUCUGGAGCAGCCCAGCUUCUCGGGAGCUAUUGUCACAGCAGAACCAAAGAGAAAGCAUGAUGUGAUUUGGAAGAACAGAAGGGGCAAUGUAAGGAAAUCAGAGCAGAUUUGUGUAGCCCAUGGGGAAUCUUCAGUAUGAGAAGGAUAUCAUUUUCUUAUGUUUUGUUUUUUUAAAGCAGCCUCUCCGAAUGCUGUGUGGAUCCUGCGGCCCUAGGAGAUGCUGGUGCUCUUCGCCCCACAGCUCUUUAUGGAGAGGAUGGGCCAGAUACUCUGCUCGUGCACACUG